AGUUUUGACCUUCAUGAUAGUGCAGUAUAUUCAGCAUAAAACUAGUACUUCGAAAUAAUAGUUUUGUUAAUAGAUUAAAAGAUAAUUUGAAUUCAAGAAGAUCGCUAUUUUGAAGUACUAUACCAAAAUCUCGAACGUAAUCACUUCAACUAGUAAUGCAUAACAGUUAUUUAUUAAGAUGAACCAUUUAAGUCAUGGAAGCGGAAUCGAGUUACAAUCUGGAGAAAUAGCUGCCAACCAUAAAAACUAUGAUCUCGCCCAUUCAUCUGGAUGGAAACUUCAGUUACUUUAUCAGUACCAUCUCUUCUUGCUCCCAAUUCAGUGCAAACGACAGGACAAAAACCACAAAAACAGGAAUUGCAAGUAGGAACGGUUUUAUUAUAUGGUGUUCGUAUUGUUUCAUUAGUGAUUGAAAAACAAGAAAGGCUAUGCCUGGCACAAAUUAGUAAUACGCUUCUUAAGCAGUUCAGUUACAAUGAAAUCCAUAACAGACGAGUAGCUCUUGGAAUAACUUGUGUUCAAUGUACACCAGUUCAACUGGAGAUUUUGCGACGUGCUGGUGCAAUGCCAGUUUCUUCCAGAAGAUGUGGCAUGAUAACUCGUAGAGAAGCAGAACGUCUAUGUAAAUCGUUUCUUUGCGAUAAUGCACCACCAAGGUUACCAGAAGAUUUUGCGUUUCUAGUUCAUCAUGAAUGUACAUAUGGCUGCAAAGGUGCAUUUGUACCAGCAAGGUACAACAGUUCGCGAGCUAAAUGUAUCAAAUGCUCUACUUGUGGAUUAUUCUUUUCGCCAAACAAAUUUAUUUUUCAUUCACAUCAAACUGGAUCAAGUGAUAAAUAUGUUCAACCUGAUGCAGCUAAUUUUAAUUCUUGGAGAAGGCAUAUGAAACUUUCUGGUGAACCGCCAGAUGAAAUUGUUCAUGCUUGGGAAGAUGUUAAAGCUAUGUUUAAUGGAGGUACUCGUAAGCGUAUUAUUGCUAGUGCUAGUCAUUCAAGUUCUUUGAAUGUUAUGAAAAAACACAUUAAAUUUUCAAAUAAUGCGUCUAUGCCUUCUUUAAGUGCACACAAUGCGAUAGCAGAAUCUUCAAUAGAAUCAAUUCCAAAUCAACAACGAGUACCACCUUUCACAGAUACCGCACUUCCUAUAUGUAAUACAAACAUUAUUGAUUACAUGUGGCAGCAACAACAGCAAGUCGCAGUCGCAACGGCUAGUAAAUCAUCAAGUUUCUCAAUUUUACCUUAUUUGCCUUGGUUGUCUAAAAGGAGCUCGAUACUUAUACCCAGUUCCAUUUCUUCAGAAAUUUCGAAUACCAAUCCAUCAAACUCAUUGGAAUCGACGGUUAAUAACAAUUUACAUCAGUCUGCUUUUCACCCAUUCAUUCGUUCGUCUUCGUUUACAGAAAGUGUUAAACUUUUUGAAAAUAAGGUAAUAGAAUUUCAAGAAUUGAAAACUUCGAAAGAGCUUAGCAGUGACGAUGAGGUUGACGUUGAAACAACUGAAGAGGAUACAGUAUUUCAAUCCAAUGAAAACAAUGCAAAUCUAGUUUCAAAUCCUGUUUUGCAAUUGAAUAGCUUAAACAGCCAAAAUACGCUUCAACACUGCUGGAGCCCUCCCAGAGAAACAGAAAAAGCAGCAGAAAAAUUAGUUGAUGAAAUAAAAUUUAACACUGACGUUCAAGCAGAGUUGCUUUUCAAUAAAGGUUCCGAAAAUUGGCAAAAGGGUCCAUUUUUCUACGGAUCCACUAUAAUUAGAGGUAUCGCUACUGUGAAUGCUGAUGAUAUCAAUUGCUCGAAUUGCCGUCCUGAAGAGUCUUUAUAUCGGCAGACACAGGACUCGCCAACUUCAAUCAAAUAAAUAUUAUCCUCAAUUAAAAAACUUCUAAACAUGACGAAUUUCCAAAUAUCUCUUGCGAAUGAUAUUUCUUCAUCGGUUAACAAAUUAAAAUAUUACAGCUUUUUGUAAUAAUUUAUAAAAUAAAAUAUUUAUUUGACAAA